AUGGCUUCCAAAGCUGACAGAAGGCUUGAACCAGUUGAGAAUCGACUGCAGGCAGCAGAAAAUUUCUCCCUGGUGGGUAAGUACACUCUAUAUGAUGACCAUUGCCAUCAGUAUCAAUUUGUGACUCAUGCUUGUCUUGAUGAAAGUAGUAUUGUAGAUGAAAGCAUGUGGUUAACAAAUAAUAUAUACCUGAAAAAACAUUAUGAGAUUUACAUAAUGCUUCAUGAUGUAAGACAAGAAGAUGAAAUCAAAAAUUUCCUUACUAUUUAUGGUCUGGAGAUAAAGUUUUCAAUGGAGCACUGUUACGAAACUAAUUCUCCAAUUUCAUCCACUAUACUUGAUAGAAAAAUUUUGUGUCCUGGGAGGAAGCAUCUUUGUUAA